AUGGCAACAACAUAUACUGGCAUCAACUAUGGGGCCCAGAUAGGGAAUAACUAUGGCACAUUUACUGCAGAAUUCCGUCUUCCGACGGAGCGACCGGAUACUCCACCAAGCCCUGUCUCGACAGUCCCAUUUCGUCGUGAUCCAGACUUUGUUAGUCGCGACACGCUGCUUGAUCAGAUCCACGAGAAAGGUUCCAUCGCUGGGUCCAGGGUAGCGCUUGUCGGUCUCGGCGUCGUCGGGAAAUCACAACUAGCCAUCGAAUACUCCUACCAGAUUCGAUACCAAUCGCCGGAGAUCUGGGUUUUCUGGGUCCAUGCGAGUAACGCGGCUCGGUUCGAGCAAAGCUUCCGGGAUAUUGCAGACUACGCUAAGAUCCCUGGGCGUCAAGAUCCUGGCGCCGAUAUAUUCAAAUUGACUGAAAACUGGCUCCGCGAUGAGAAGAAAGGUAAAUGGACUCUUAUUCUGGAUAAUAUAGAUGAUGAUUGGUUUGUCGCCGAAUUUCUUGCGACCGGUCGGGAGGGGCCGGCAAACGGCCGAAUUAAUGCCUCAACACGGCCACUGUUGGACUACCUCCCUAGAAGUUCGAAUGGUUCGAUCAUUAUAACAACCCGCACGAAAGAGGUCGCGCUUAAAAUUGUCGAGCACAAAGACCUUAUUAAGGUCGAACCAAUGGCAAGGCCCGAGGCACUCAACCUUAUCCAAAAAAAGCUUGACCUUUUCGAGGCGAGUCAAGAGAUCCUAGAGUUGGUGGAAGAACUCGAGUUUAUGCCGCUUGCGAUCGUUCAAGCAGCCGCGUAUAUCAGACAUCGAGCACCCCGUUGCUCAAUAUCGCAGUAUCUAGAAAAGCUGCGGAAGAGUGAUGGCGUGGCGAUAAGGCUUCUUAAUUAUGAGGGCGGUCAUCUCUACCGAGACUGGGAGGCAAAGAAUGCUAUUUUGGCUACAUGGCAAAUAUCUUUUGAUCAUAUUCGACGUAUAAGACCAUUCGCGGCAGACAUACUUUCUCUCAUGAGCUUUUUCGACCGACAUGCAAUUCCAGAGAACAUGAUCCGCGUUCAACACCAGAGAAGGAAUGACCCUUCAAAUUCAGGGGAAGUGGUGAAUGAAUCAAGUGAGGAGGAGAUGGAUACUGCGUCUGAAUUUGACGCGGAUCAGGACUUUGAGGACGACAUUGCAACUCUAAGAGAUCACUCAUUCAUAUCCUUCUAUGAGGAUAGAACAGUAUUCACAAUGCAUCGACUAGUGCAACUGACUACGCGCGUAUGGCUAAAAGCUCAUGGACAAACCGAGCACUGGAGAGAACAGUUUGUCAAUAAGCUAUGCCAAGAGUUUCCGACUGGUGAAUAUGAGGAUUGGGGGAAGUACCAGUCGCUAUUUCCACAUGUCAAAUCAGCAUUGUUACAACGGCCAGAAUCCCAAGAAUCUCUUAAAGAAUGGGCUACGCUACUCUACAGAGGUGCUUGGUAUGCGAGGGAAAGCGGAAAGAUCGCAGACAUGAAGGAAAUGGCAUCAAAUUCAAGGGAACAAAGGGUAAGGUUAUUUGGCAUUACAGAUGACGCCACCCUUAAUAGCACCGAAAUGUUAGCGACGGCAUACUGGGUGGAAGCGAGGUGGAAAGAGGCUGAGAUGCUUUCUGUACAGGUGAUGGAGACUCGCAAGAUGAAGCUCGGCGAGGAUCAUCCUGACACAUUAACGAGUAAGCUCAACCUAGCGUCGACAUAUAGGAAUCAGGGUCGGUUAGAAGAGGCCGAAAAGCUCGAGAUGCAAGUGAUGGAAACUCUCGACAGACAAAGCUUGGCGAGACCGACCCCGACACUGUGA